UUGAAGUCAAGUCACAUGUGUUUAAUUAAGCCUCAAGGGUCCACCACAAAUUUCAUUUCGUAGUCUUUGCCAACGGCCAGCCGGGCCAAGUCAUAAUAUGUGAUGGGUCUGGUGUACAUUGGUUGUGGUACACUAGGCAGCAGCUAAUCAAGAAUUCAAGUCGGUCUCACUUUUGUACAUUUUUUCUUUUUAACUUCACAUAUAUAUAGAUACAUAUAUUUGUAGCUAUAGAAAAAAUAGAGAGAGCUUUAAACAAGUGAAGUGGAAAAGAUGGAAGGGAAAUUAUCAGUGGUGAAUCAGCAAAAAGAAUGCAAGAUCAUGUAUGCAGAAAAAGAGAAAAAGAUAGAGUGUGUUGGUCUGCAGAAUAAUAAUGAUAUUGGAAGCAGUAGUCAUGAUCAAGAGCACAAGAAAGUUGUUCAAAUGAGAGCUUUACUUGAAAAAAAUGAUCCCACUUCUAAGGAUUACGAUGAUGUGACGCUAAGAAGGUUUCUUCGUGCCCGUGAUCUGGACAUUGACAAAGCUUGUACUAUGUUUCUUAAAUACAUGAAAUGGAGGAAAACGUUUACUCCAAAUGGACCCAUUUUUGCAUCUGAAGUCCAAAACGAAAUAGCACAAAACAAGAUGUUCAUGCAAGGAACGGAUAAAAGUGGACGCCCGAUUGCAAUUGUGUUUGGCGGUAGACAUUUCUGCAACAAAAAAGGCGGUCUAGAAGAGUUCAAACGAUUUGUGGUCUUUGGGCUAGACAAAUUAUGUUAUAGGAUGACGCCGGGACAGGAGAAGUUUGUGGUUAUUGGAGAUCUUCAAGGAUGGGGAUAUUCGUGUUGUGAUAUUCGUGGAUAUCUUGCAGCACUGUCUAUCUUGCAGGAUUACUAUCCAGAGAGGCUUGGGAAAAUGUUUAUAGUCCACGUCCCUUACGUAUUCAUGACCGCGUGGAAGAUGGUUUAUCCCUUUAUCGAUGAAAAAACAAAGAAAAAAAUUGUGUUUGUUGAGAACAAGCAACUAAAAUCGACGUUGAUGAAAGACAUUGACGAGAACCAGAUUCCAGAAACUUAUGGGGGCACUCUUAAGUUGGUUCCCAUCCAUGAAAACUGAAAACCAAUGUGUGUGAUUCUCUUAUUAAUUAUAGCUAUAUAUAGCAUCUUAAGGCUUAAGCUGAACUAUGGUGUAUCAAAAUGAUGAUGACACAUUAACUGAUUCAUAUAUAUAUAUAUAUAUAUAUAUAUAUUACUAUUAA